AUGGGGAGUGGAAAAAGUUUCACUGAUAGUGGAAAACUUAGAACACAUCAACAGACUCACAUGGGCAAAAAACAGUUUAAAUGCAAGGAGUGUGGGAAGAACUUCAGUCAGAGUGGACACCUCAAUAUACAUCAUCGGAUUCACACAGGAGAAAAACCAUUUAAAUGUAUGGAGUGUGGAAAGAGUUUUAGUGAGAAUGCAAGCCUCAGAAUACACCAACGGACUCACACCAGUGAAAAACCAUUUAAAUGUAUGGAGUGUGGAAAGAGCUUCAGUCAGAGUGGACACCUCAAUAUACCGUACAUCAAUGGACUCACAUAG